GAGCAGGGACUCUCUGGAUGUCAGUCACUUUCCCAGAGAACAGACGGCAGCAGCAGGAGGAGCAGAGACGGUAAUCCCCCCCACCUCAUCCACCCCACCCCUCUCCAUACAGCCAGGAGCAGGAGGCAAGAGGGGAACAAAAACCACACGGGACACCUGUACACUACUGGACCACCCACCUUCUGAUGCGUUGGAGUUUCUCUCCCACAUUGUGGGUAGGAAUAAGAAAGAGCGCUUAUGUGCUUUAAACUGGCUUGAAGGCGCAGAUACUGGUGGUGAAAUCCUCCAUUCUGAUUCCCAGCAUCAGGAGCAGCAGGAGCAGGAGGAGCUCUCAGGAGCUCCACGGAUGGAGAUGCGCUGUGAAGGUCUGCUGGUUUUCAUGUAGCAGCGGCUGCGGGGUCGUGCCGCAUUGCCGGGCCGCUUCCAGCGACGCUCGGAGAGACGGUGAUGCUGUCGUCGUCAUUGUGUCACAGAAAGAGAGAGAGAGAGGCGGAGAGGCUGUGACAUGGAGGAGAGCGGCUGUUUGUUGGCUCCCAGCUCAGGCCACCCGGAUCAGCAGGUUUGACUUGCAGCCUGAAGCCCGGAGGACGUGAUUUCAUCCAAUGCACAGUGGAGAAUUAUAAUAAAGUUGAAAUCUUGCAGGAGGGGUUUAAAAAAAGAAAUGAAUCCGUGCGUAAAAGUGAGAGGCUCAUAUGUAGAAAAUGCAUCCUAGGAUGAUCAGAGCAGCAGCGUCUGUGUCAGUUCAGGGUGGAUUACGUCUCCAGAGCAGCAGGCCUCCAUCUGAAGUCAGCUACUGAUCAGAGAAAGCAGAGAGAGAGAAAAGGAAACAGGCAGUCCACUUCCCUGCCCUGUUGCUGCGGGAGGUAUCCAUUUAUUCAGCCGUUUUAUUGGGAGCUGCUGUAGUGUGAACCCCCCGCGGAGGGACAGCUGUUGCAAACGAUGACUCACUUGCAGGCUGGCCUCUCUCCAGAAACCCUGGAGAAGGCCAAGGUGGAACUGAAGGAGAACCCAGAGACUCUCCACCAGGACAUCCAGGAGGUCCGGGACAUGAUCAUCACCCGGCCGGACAUCGGUUUCCUCAGAACAGACGACGCCUUCAUCCUCCGUUUCCUCCGGGCGAGGAAAUUCAACCACUUUGAAGCGUUUCGGCUGCUGGCACAGUACUUUGAGUACAGGCAGCAGAAUCUGGACAUGUUCAAGAACUUGAAGCCCACCGACCCUGGCAUCAAGCAGGCGCUGAAGGAUGGCUUUCCCGGCGUCCUCUCUAAUCUGGACAAAUACGGCAGGAAGAUCCUGGUUCUGUUCGCCGCCAACUGGGACCAGAGCAGGUACACGUUUGUGGACAUCCUGAGAGCGAUCCUGCUGUCGCUGGAGUCUAUGAUUGAAGAUCCUGAGCUACAGGUGAACGGCUUCAUCCUCAUCAUCGACUGGAGCAACUUCACCUUCAAGCAGGCAUCCAAACUGACCCCCAGCAUGCUGCGGCUGGCUAUCGAGGGGCUGCAGGACAGUUUUCCUGCAAGAUUUGGAGGGAUCCACUUUGUGAACCAGCCCUGGUACAUCCAUGCACUCUACACUGUCAUUCGACCAUUUCUCAAGGACAAAACCAGGAAAAGGAUCUUUAUGCACGGUAACAACCUGAACAGCCUCCACCAGCUCAUCCACCCAGAGAUCCUGCCAUCAGAGCUUGGUGGGAUGAUGCCUCCAUAUGAUAUGGGGACAUGGGCGCGUACGCUGCUGGACCAUGCCUACGACGAGGAGACGGAUUACUGCCCGGAGUCCUACACCCUAUCGGUGCAAGACCUGGAGAGAGACCUCGAGAAAAACAUGUCCCCGAAAACCAUGAAGAGGUCUCAGUCAGUGGUGGAACCAGGAGUCCUGAAGAGACCGGACAAAGUGAAGAGCGAAGAAGACAACAUGCAGCCACUUCUCUCGUUGGACUAAACCCACAUAAUCAUGGAGAAGAGGCAGAAAUGAGUCAAUAUUUCAAACCUAAAUACUUACCUGUGCACAUACUGGGAUCAACACGCAUCCUACACAAAGACAUUCCUUUUUAAAAAAGUGCAGCUGCUUUUGUUGGAACUUUACAGAAAACAGAUGCAAGCAGGGACACCUCCAGGAACCGGAGGAAAACCGACGACCUUCUGAUGGUUCUCUAUACACUCUAUUUAUUUAUGUAGUUACAUGUCAAGUGCCAAUUCCAGAAACUGUAAAUAUAAAGUCUUUAAACAAUCCAGAAUGGAGCAGGGAAGACUCAUCUUGAAAAGGAUAGCAGUGGAGAAGCCCUGAAUGUGUGAAGGUAACGGUUCCCACGGUUGUUGAGUAUUACAAGAUUAGGACGAAUGUGUGGAAACUGCAAAGCAUAUUUCAAAGAGGGCUUCAGGCCUCCACUUCUAUAAGCAGCCGUCUUUUUUUUUUUUAUAUCUUUAUGAAGAAAUACACUCUAUACGGACAAGAAGGGGGAGAGGAAAAGAACUAUGAGCCUGUCCAUCUUCCUUAACCUGAAUUGGCAAACAGGUAUUGGUAUUUGUAAGGUUUUGAAUCUUUGAAUAACAAUAAUGUCUAAAAUGUCCAUCUUUCUCCAGUUAUCUUUUGGAAAAGCAAACGAGUUUGCUUUCUGAAUCAUUUGCUUUUCCCCCUUCAGCCAUUUUCUCUCCAUCUGACCCAGAUGUCACAGAAAACAGUGCUCUUCUCUGCCAUUAGAAAGCCCAAAAAGCUGCAGGCUCAUAUGUGUUUGUUGGAUAGAAGUUGUAUUUUCAGAAUCUAAUGGGUAGCCAGAAAAAAAGUAUUUUAUAAAAGCAAAGUUCUUUUGCUUUGUGGCACAUUUUGUGGCACAAAAUUGCGCUUUUUCUGUGAUGUUAUCCCCCCAUUCCCCUAGAAAUCUAAAGUGAUCACAGAGUAGCAGCAGUUAUACUUAUCACUUCAGAGUAAAGGCUUUUUCAAUCUGUAAGAUUUAUAGAAAUAGAUGUUAUAGACUGCACCAUAUCGUUUACCCAUUUGCAGAAAACCCCAUAUACAUAUUGCAGUAAUAAGGCCUGCAAUCUGUUUUUUAUUUUUUGCAUUCAUUUAAGCUCAUUUUUAUAGUGAAGCUAGAAAAAAAUACUUUUUAGCACUUUUAGUUUUAAAAUUUGAAACCAGUGUUGUCCUGCUAAUAUAUUCCUAAACUAUUUUACAAACAUCAGGUUUGCCUUUACUUUUAUGAAUUCAAUGUAAACCCACUUUAUUUAAAUGUCUGUAUUUAAUGAUGAUUUAAAGCUUUAUGGUACAAAUAUGUCAGCCGGUUCUC